GGUCAAAAGCCUAAAUUAAAUUUCAAAAAAACAUUGCCCACUCCAUCUGGGUUCCUACCGUCUUGCCAGUGAAAUUGGGGGGGAAGUUGAAGUGUGGAGUCAUAUCCCUGUCAUCAUCUUUAUCCUUUCUCUGCUCUCCUCUGCUGCUCUCUGUUUCCUUCUUCUACUCCAUCCCGUCCGUAUAUAUGUAUAUGCCUACCUACAUAUAUGCCCAAUAAUCUUGGGGUUCUUCAAAAGUUCAUCUUUUCUCUCUGAUAUUAUCCAAUCAAUCAAUCAUUCAUUCAUUCAUUCAUUCUAUCUUUAGUUAAGAGAGAGAGAAUGAGGAUUGACCCAGAUGAUGAUCAAGUCUCUGCAUCAAGGCAGCAUCUCGUGUUUGCUUACUACGUCACCGGCCAUGGCUUUGGCCAUGCUACCCGCGUCGUUGAGGUUGUCCGACACCUUAUAAAUGCUGGGCAUGAUGUUCAUGUGGUUACGGGCGCACCUGACUUUGUUUUUACAACAGAAGUACAAUCUCCUCGGCUCUUCAUCCGCAAGGUAUUGUUAGAUUGUGGAGCAGUCCAGGCAGAUGCAUUGACGGUGGAUCGCCUUGCUUCCUUGGAGAAGUAUUCUGAGACUGCCGUGGUACCCCGGGCUUCCAUCUUGGCAACUGAAAUUGAGUGGUUGAACUCCAUCAAGGCUGAUUUAGUGGUUUCAGAUGUUGUUCCAGUCGCAUGCCGUGCAGCAGCUGAUGCUGGAAUUCGAUCUGUCUGUGUGACCAACUUCAGUUGGGACUUCAUUUAUGCAGAGUAUGUGAUGGCUGCAGGAAAUCAUCAUCGUUCAAUAGUUUGGCAGAUAGCAGAGGACUAUUCACAUUGUGAGUUCCUGAUCCGUCUCCCAGGAUACUGCCCAAUGCCUGCUUUUCGUGAUGUGAUUGAUGUUCCUCUGGUCGUGAGGAGGUUGCACAGAUCCCGCAAAGAGGUGAGGAAGGAACUUGGGAUUGGGGAUGAUGUGAAGCUAGUUAUCCUCAAUUUUGGUGGUCAGCCAGCAGGCUGGAAGUUGAAGGAAGAGUUUUUACCCGCUGGUUGGCUGUGCCUGGUUUGUGGUGCUUCUGAGAGCCAGGUCCUCCCGCCAAAUUUCAUUAAGCUUGCCAAAGAUGUUUAUACACCUGAUCUUAUAGCAGCAUCUGAUUGUAUGCUUGGGAAAAUUGGAUAUGGUACCGUGAGUGAAGCCCUUGCAUAUAAGUUACCAUUUGUCUUUGUACGUAGAGAUUAUUUUAAUGAAGAACCAUUUUUGAGAAAUAUGCUUGAGUACUUUCAAGGAGGUGUUGAGAUGAUUAGGAGGGAUUUACUCACUGGACAUUGGAAACCUUAUCUUGAACGUGCUGUUAGUUUGAAGCCAUGCUACGAGGGAGGCAUUAAUGGUGGUGAGGUGGCAGCUCGCAUUUUGCAGGAUACAGCUAUUGGAAAAGACUACGCAUCAGAUAAGUUUAGUGGGGCAAGGAGACUGCGUGAUGCAAUCGUUCUUGGCUAUCAAUUACAAAGAGUUCCAGGAAGAGAUCUCUGGAUCCCAGAUUGGUAUGCAAAUGCAGAAAAUGAACUUAAUCUUCGUACCGGACCUCCAAAUAUUGAAGUGAAUGAGGCCAGCUUCCUGAAUAAUUUAUGCACUGAAGAUUUUGAGAUACUUCAUGGAGAUCUUCAGGGUCUUUCAGAUACCGUGAAUUUCUUAAAGAGCUUGGCUGAACUGGAUGCUGUGUAUGACUCUGGAAAGAGUUCUGAAAGGCGCCAGAUACGGGAACGGAUGGCUGCUGCUGGGCUCUUCAAUUGGGAGGAAGAAAUCUUUGUGGCAAGAGCACCUGGAAGGUUGGAUGUGAUGGGGGGAAUUGCUGACUAUUCAGGAAGCCUUGUCCUGCAGAUGCCUAUUCGAGAAGCCUGCCACGUCGCAGUGCAAAAGAAUCAUCCAAGUAAACAGCGGCUCUGGAAACAUGCCCUGGCUCGGCAGCAUGACAAAGGACAAGGGUCAACACCUGUGCUGCAAAUUGUAUCAUAUGGGUCGGAAUUGAGCAAUCGGGGUCCAACAUUUGACAUGAAUAUUUCUGAUUUUAUGGAUGGAGAAAAGCCAAUCUCAUACGAGAAGGCAAAGAAGUACUUUGCACAGGAUCCAUCUCAAAAGUGGGCAGCAUAUGUUGCAGGGACAAUUCUGGUUUUAAUGACGGAAUUAGGCGUACGCUUUGAGAAUAGUAUCAGCAUGCUGGUGUCUUCUUCAGUUCCGGAAGGCAAAGGUGUAUCUUCUUCUGCCUCUGUGGAGGUUGCUAGCAUGUCUGCUGUGGCUGCUGCUCAUGGAUUGAACGUCAGUCCUAGGGAUCUUGCAUUGCUCUGCCAAAAGGUGGAGAAUCACAUUGUUGGAGCCCCAUGUGGUGUGAUGGACCAGAUGACUUCAGCCUGUGGUGAAGCCAACAAACUUCUUGCAAUGGUUUGCCAGCCUGCCGAGGUAAUCGGGCUGGUGGAUAUUCCUGCUCAUGUACGAUUUUGGGGUAUAGAUUCAGGAAUAAGACACAGUGUUGGAGGUGCAGAUUAUGGAUCUGUGAGGAUAGGUGCCUACAUGGGUCUAAAGAUGAUAAAAUCUGUAGCAUCUACAGUAUUAUCGAGGUCACUGCCAUAUGCUAAUGGGAUAAACCAUGAUGAUUUGGAGGAGGAUGGUAUUGAACUACUUGAAACUGAAGCUUCUUUAGGUUACCUAUGCAAUUUGUCACCUCACAGAUAUGAAGCUUUAUAUUCUAAACUGCUUCCUGAGUCUAUGCUUGGUGAGACAUUUUUGGAGAAAUAUAUUGAUCACAAUGACCCUGUCACGGUUAUUGACGGCAAGCGCAGUUAUGGAGUGAGAGCACCUGCUAGACAUCCUAUAUAUGAAAAUUUCCGGGUCAAGGCCUUCAAAGCACUGCUAACAUCUGCGACAUCGGAUGAGCAGCUUACCGCUCUGGGAGAACUAAUGUAUCAGUGCCACUAUAGCUAUGGUGCUUGUGGACUUGGUUCAGAUGGUACAGAUAGGCUUGUACAACUAGUGCAGGAAAUGCAGCACAGUAAAGUAUCCAGAUCUGAAGAUGGGACUCUAUAUGGAGCUAAGAUUACUGGUGGUGGUUCUGGUGGGACGGUUUGCGUGAUUGGCAGGAACUGUUUACGUAGUAGCCAACAAAUUCUUGAGAUUCAGCAAAGAUACAAGGGUGCAACUGGCUAUUUGCCAUAUGUUAUCGAGGGUUCAUCACCUGGUGCUGGAAAGUUUGGAUAUCUAAAACUUCGACGCCGUUUCCCUCCCAAACAAAACUAGUGUCUGCUAGGAAAGAAUGGUUAAGGAAUUCAGUGAAAAGUAAAGAGAAUAAACUUGAUUGAUCACAUUGUUAGAGAGAAUAAACUUGAUUGAUCACAUUGUUAGGCAUAUACGUUGGUUUGUUUGAAAGGGAAACUAAAAAUUCAAAAUGGGCAAGCGGGCAAUGAGAGAUUUCUUUAUUCAUAAUGCAAAAUUGUGUACUUAUUCAA